AUUGUGCGCAGGGCCAUAGCCUAUCAAGUCAAUCAAAAAUUGGACAAGACUUAUCUCUAGGGACUCUACUAUCUCUGCUCCGCCGGCUCCGCGCCGUAUAAUCACCUCAGAUUCAUUAUGACCACCCUAUAUAUUCACCGCCGCCAUCUCUGUCUCCGCGACUUCGACGACGAGCGGGAUAUCUCGCGGAGCGGUGUGUUUACUUCCGUUGGCUCUCGCCUCCUGUGAAUGGAACUCGGAGGUUAUCGCGCGAGAGAUGGCUUACAACUUCCCCGGAGUACCGGCGACCGCUAUGCCGCCCAUGGGCAUGGGACCAAUGGGUCCGUUGGGCCCUAUAGCCGGACCACAGAGCUUCAUGGAGUUAGCGGGUCAAGGUUUCCCACCGCUGCCACCACCGCCCAUACCACUGCCCGGCAUGAACGACUCGCCCCUGGAGUUCAGUACGAAUAAGAAUCAGCCCCCGGUAGUGCGGGAAACGUCGGAUGACAGCAGCGACAGAAGGAGCGACAAGAAUGACAGUAGAAGGGAUCGGGAGAACAGGGACAGUCGUGAGGCGCGAGACAACAACAGAAGGUCGAGGGGAGAGCGCAGCGACAGACGUGACAGAGACCGGGACAGGCGAGAGGAGAGGAACGACCGAGAUCGAAGGGACGAUCGAAGAGUCGAGGAGAGAAACAACGGGAAUUCCUCUAAGAACAAUAGCAAUCACGUGAACAACUCCAACAACAACGAAGUUUUGUCUUCGACGAAUGCGAGCAACGCUCCGAGCAUAGGCACGCAGCAAAUGGAACCUGCCGCCGGUGUCUGGGGGAUGGGAGUGGGCUAUCCCAUGAUGGGCAUGGGUCCCAUGGGACCGAUGGGGCCCAUGAUGGGCGAGAUGGCACUGGGUCCGCACAUGAGUCACACGCACGGUUACAAUCCGAUGGGCAUGGGUAUGAUGUCGCACGACGGCAGUAUGAUAGGGGCGCAGAUAUUGGGCGCCGAGCAGAUCAUGACGGACGCGGCGCAAAUAAUGACCGCGAGCUUACCGCCGCCGCCGAUGAUGCCUCAGGGUACCAAAGAGAUCAUACACUGUAAGAGUUGCGUGUUGUUUCCACCGAAUCCGAACGCCCCACCGCCUACUACGCGAGAGAGACCACCGGGAUGUCGAACAAUUUUCGUGGGAGGGUUGCCGGAGAAUAUUACCGAAGCCAUAAUACAGGAAAUAUUCGAACGGUGUGGGGAGAUAACUACUUUGCGUCUUUCCAAGAAGAAUUUCUGCCAUAUACGUUUCGUCUUGGAAGCUAGCGUCGAUGCAGCAAUCUAUUUAUCGGGUUAUAGAGUAAGAAUAGGAUCCAGUGGGGAACCUGCGAAUACCGGUAGACUCCAUGUAGAUUUCGCUCAGGCUAGAGACGAUCAAUAUGAAUGGGAGUGCAGACAACGACAAUUGCAAAGGGAACAACGUCAUAGGGAAAGAGUAGAGAAGGAGAGACAAAGGCCGCCGUCAAGUCCGCCUCCGGUAGUGCAUUACACGGACCACGAGGCAUCGAAUAUCUGCGAAAAGAUUAAACAAGAUGAUACGUUUAUGAAAGCAGUACAAAUUGUUGUAACGUGGUUGGAACGAGGAGAUUGCAUCAAACGUAACGCCAAUAUCUUCUACUCCAUGAUACAAUCGACUAACUCUCACGUUCGACGACUGCUGACGGAGAAGGCCGCUUACGAGGAGGAGUUGCAAAAGGCCAAAGAAUUAAUGAAAGGAAGAAUGCAGGGACUCCUCAUACAAUUCAGUCAGAUCGAACGAGUCUUUACUGCGGCCAGCCACAAGAAGGUCUGGGAUCACUUCACUAAGGCGCAGCGGAAGAACAUCGAGAUGUGGAAGAAACAAUCCUCGGAAAUAAAAGCGGUACAGCUGGAAGACAGUUUGAUUGAAGGCGAGGGUGAGAUGGAUGUGUCGGACUCGGAGGAGGAACCUCAACGUAAGAAAACGCGCAAUCAAUUAGAUGGUAAUCAAGAGGACGUCGAAAGACUGCAAAGUCUCAAAGAGGAGAACGACAGUCUGAGAUGCCAGUUGGAAGCGUACAAGAACGAAGUGGAUCUCUUGAAAUCGGAAACGAAAAUCGAGUUGGAGGGGAAGGAUAAACAAAUGAAGAUGCUGCAGCAAACGCUAAAGGGUAUGCAGGAACAGCUAAUGCAAUCACGUAAACAGCAGGCGCAGGACGAUCAGAAGAUCAAGGAUUUGACCGUCAAGCUGAACGCCACGAAGAAGGAAGAGCCUAGGGAGAGUGAGAUUAUCACGCUCGACAAGGACGACGAUAUCAGCGAAGAGCCACGCACACCGAAGCAACACAUUCUUACCUCUAGUUUUGUGCAAGUGACCCAGAAGGAUGCCAAGCUUAUUGGACUUAUAGCGACGUUUCUGCACAUCCACCCGUUCGGUGCAAGCGUGGAUUAUUUAUGGUCCUACUUGCAGAAAAUGGAGCCUGGCAUUAAACCGAACGAAGUUGAAGUUUUAAUGCAGCGUUUUCCACAGGUCUUCAAACAGGAAUUGUUCGGCAUCGGCGCGAAUAUGGAGAGACGGUGGCAGUUUUCAGGUUUUAACGUUUAUCGCAAUCAUUGAAUCUAGACGCCUGAAUGUAAAAAAAGAAACUGAAAGUACAUUUGUCUCGUUGUCUCUCUCUCUCUUUUUCUCAGCGUUAUUGUCCGUGAGUGCGAAUCGAGAUUUAUCCGUGACAAGCGUAUUGAAACGAUAAAAUCUGAUGUUGUGAAUUAAUAAAAUAUCUCUAUCGAUUCAUAGAUAUCAAUUCACUGCGUUUCAAUAUUCACUGCCAGUGUAUGUGACGUAAACUAUAGAUUUUCAGUACUGGCAAUGAAUAUCGCAGCCUUAAUUUUAAACGAUAUGAGUAUCUUGAAGCUUCUGUUCACUCACUGCAGCCAUCUUGGAUCAAUCUUGGAUUGAUGACGUCAGAA